AUGUUAAGUGAACAUGAUGAAAGGCUAUUUCAUAAAUACUUAGAAAUUUACUCAUCAUAUGUGGAUACCGAUGCUAUAUGGAAUAUGUUUCUGUAUCUGAGUAAAAAUGGUGAUCUUAAUCAAAUCAUGCAAACACAUCUUGGCUCGAUUUUAACGCAGCGAAUUCAGAUUAUUUCAAUCAAAACAUUCAAACAGUACAAUCAGUUGAUCAAUGAAUGUUUAAAACAAAUGAAAGAUGGAAAUCGUGAACAUUUUUUGAGACUACUUGAAACCAUACUUCACGCAUUUCUCAGCAGGCAACUUAACGAUGAACUAUACUCUUAUCAAUUCGAAGAGUGGAACUUAAAAGAAUUCUUAACUAUCGGUCUUGAAUUAGCGCCAACAUAUAGUCUUCAACAUCGAAAUUGUCUGCUUAUUAUCCAACAUUUAUUAUUCAAACUGGAUAAGAAAGUAGCAACAAAGUCUAGGAAAAUCAAAUGUUUAUUUGAAAGAUUAAAUAAUCUUGAUUCAAAUUUAUGUGAAACAAAUCAUCCGGUUGAUAUUAUACAAGAUGAAUGGUUAAAUGACUAUAUUUUUCAUAUUCCUCAAGAUUGGUUGGGAUUAAGCAGAUAUGAUUAUCAAACUCUACGUGAUAUUCAUCGUAAUAAUCACUGGGUAACUUAUAUUUGGUCAAAACUUAUUAACUUGAGCCUUUUGAAAUUAGACACUACUAAAUGGAAUGAAGCGCUAGCACAAUUAAAUCAAUGGAUGAUCAAUGUAAAGUGUGAUAUUUACGAUGCCAAUGACACUUUGACAAUUAUUUUCGUUAAGAAUAUAUUCGAAAUUAUCAUUUCCAAGCAUACAAAAUCUGUGUUGUCUCUUCCCAAUAUUGAAUCGAUUCUUCAAUAUAUUCUACGUGCUAAAGAAGACAACUCAUCUUUAAUUGAUAGAAAACAAGUUGAUGAUUUCAUUCAGAACGUAUGUCAUUUGAUUCAGGAUAUCGUAUCACUAAACAGCACACGUGCAACAUAUGACGGACUCUUACAUUCGUCAAACGUUUCUUAUUUUCUUCCUUUCUUCGAUUUGAAUAAUAUAUUUACUUCAUCAAAUCCACAACUGUAUAAAUUUCCUGUUACAACACCCGAAAUCGAUACAAUUGUUUCUAUUUCCAAACCAAAUGAUAUCGAUAUAUCUGCGAUUGAUCCAAAAGAGCAAUACUUCUGCUAUUUUAUAAAACAAGUUAAUCAAUGGCUAGAAUGGUUUGACAAAUUUAUUGAUAUUUUUCAGUAUAUCAUCGAAUGGCUUAAAAACCGAAAAGUAGAUGGUGCUGAACAAUUAUUUAAUGAGAUAUAUACAAUCAAAGAUAAUUCAACGACUAAACUUAAUAAAAUAAAAAUGAUCAUCCAACAAAUUUUAAAAAUAAUCAAACCUCUCAAUAAUCUUCAACGCCUUUGUGAUCUAUUCAAUUGUCUGAACUUAUUUGAAGAUAUUAAUCCUGGUAGUUUAAGCCAUCCAGACCAAUGGAAAUCUUAUUUUGCAGAACUAAAACGGUUGCAUGUCAAUACUACAUUUACAGUCAAUCAUCAUGCAAUACAAGAUAUAACAUGCCCAAUUGAUGCUCGUCGACUUGUUCGCUGGUCAGUCGUUUGUCUAGAACUUGAUUGUAACAUAAAAAUAGAGUAUCAAAUUAAUACAUCUCAUUUAAAGAGUGACACAUUAUUUCACAAACAAAAUGUUCCUCUUCAUAAACAGAUUUUACGAGGAGAAUUUAAAACACAGCGAAGUGGCAGUUUAAAAAUAACGGUAGACAAUCAAACGGGACACGCACCACGAACAAUAUGGUAUCAAUGUAAAACAGUCUCUUUAUCAACAUGUCAUCUAUUUGAUGGCAUUUUCAGUAUGUUUCGUCAAAAAUAUUUUAAACAAUCAACUGAAAAUAUUAAAGAAAAUGAUUUAAUUAAAUUGAUGAGUGAAGUCUUCUCUUUUAUUGAUAAUCUUUUGAAUGGUAAUAUUACUUUACAAGAAAUGGGCUAUCUAAAAACUGUUUUUUACGAUAAAAAUAUUGACGUUAAAGAAGAAGUCAAAAAAUUGUUUGCUAAUCGUUCAAUCACAGACAAUCAACAAGAAACAAUGAGAACGACAACCACAACAACAACAACAAAUAUUCUUUCACAUAGUCAAAGUGACCGAGAAAUAGAACAAGUUUGUGAAUGGUUACGAACUUAUCAAUACUACAGUUAUCUUAAUAAUAUAAUCGAUUGUGUACAAAGAUUUAAUAUUAUUUCAAAUAGUGAUGAAAAUGAUAAAUCACUCGAUCAUCUACAAGAAAUGACUAUGAAUGAAAAUUGUUCUCUUAAAAAAAUCUCAGAAACUUACAAAGAUCUUUAUAAACGUUUUCAAAAACUAACAAAUCAUCAUUUACAAUUGAUUAAAACGAUAGUCGAAUGUUCAAAUGUUGUUCAAAUGAUGGAAAAAUUUGAUUUAUAUUCUAGUAAUGGAUUACGUCGAUUUCAAGAAUUACGAGAUAAUUUAACAACACAAUUUCAAUUACAAGAACGCAAUAAUAUGAUUCUUAAUUCAUGGAUUAUUAGUUAUGCUCUAUGUGAACCAUUUGUUCGUCAAGUAGAAAAAUUAGAAGACUUUAUAGAUAAUCUUGCAAAAUUAUCAAAUAUUGAUGAAAGUUCAUUGGAACAUAUCAAAGCUGUCAAUGAUAAUAUACAAAUUGUAAAUAUGUGGCUAACAGCAGAAGAAACAACAAUGUUAGACAAUGCUCUCAUUACAAUGGAACAUUUAUACAAGACGGGUAUAGUAAACAUUCAUCUAAGACAUUUAAUGAAUGAGCAAUCCUUCUUUGAAAUCGAAUAUUCAAUUGGCAAAGUAUCAGCACAAAUUAAUAGAACAAAUGAAUCCGAUUGUGAUGACGAAGAAAUAGAAGAACAACAAGAAAAAAUAACAUUCACAUUGUCUAUGAGUGAUAUUGACGAUCAUAAACGUCAAUUAACAUUUUGUAAUGUUGAUCUACAAAAAAAUAUGAUUGAUAAAAAAAUAUUAUUAAAUGAGCAAUUAAAACUAUUAUAUACGAUAGAAAAAAUUUAUUUAGUUCUUAUUAAACUAGAAAAAGUUGGUCAUCCAAAUCAUCAAUUAAAAGACUACAGUUAUAAAAUUUAUGAUCAAUCAGGUAAAAUUAACAAAAUAUUAUCCGAUUUGAAAGAUAAACAAGAUAAUAUUGAACAAGAACUUGAACAAGCAAUUAAACGUCGAACAAUUGAUUUUGAAUCAAUUUAUCGUGAUUUAGAAGCUCAUUAUGACAGAUGGAUAAGAGAUUUAGAAAAUUAUCGAUAUGAAAGUCGAUUAUUAAAAUUAUUUUCAAAUCGUCAAGUUAUGAUUAUGAUCAUUUUAUUGACAAUAUCAACAACACAAAAUCAAAUUCAAUAAUAUGGUUCAUCGGCAGAUACAGGUCUACAAAACUUAUGUUCUUUUUUAAAAGAUUUAUUCAAUAAUGGAAAAGAAUUAUUAACAAAAAAUACAAUGAUUAAUGAAAAUCAACAAUUUCUUAUUACACUCAAUUCUCAAGAACAAAUACAAGAUAAAAUUAAAAUUGACAAUGAUAUUGACAUUGAUAUGGAUACAUUUUGUAUUCUUUUAAAUAUUUUUAAUGAUCGAUUACCAGCUGAUUAUCAAAUAUUGUGGUGUUCUAUUUCGACGGAUGAUGAUAUUCGAUUAUUUUUUUCACGGGUACGAACAUUUCGAUAUUUGACAUUUGUCGUUAUGGAUAUUGAUAAAAUGCAUCAUCGACUACGAGAAUUAUUAUUAAAUGAAAAAGAUUCAUUAGCAAAACAAUCUGAACCACAUGGACCGAUUUAUUAUUUUUCAAGAGAAUUAAUAUCAUCUAACAAAGGUUUACGAUCAUUUUAUAUAAGACCUCAAUAUCGAAAUCCAUCUCAAACUUAUUCACAAUUUAUGUCAUUAUUACGAAGAAAUAAUUUUUCAUCCCCACAAAUUCAAAUCAUAUAUGGAACUAGUGGAGUUGGAAAAACUCAUCGUAUAAAAACAAAAUAUAAAGAUCAUAAUACAUCAUGUGUAAGUAUUAAUGAUAGAUUAAAUUUAUCAUCAUUAAUUAAUACAUUUCUAUCAUUGGAAUCGAAAAUAUCAAAUGAUCAACCAUCAAUCUAUUUUAAUAUUUCUAUUCAUGCAGUUUUUAAACAAUUAAAUCAUGCACUUUUUUCUUUAUUUGUAUGUGGUUCAUUAAAUGAUCACGAUAGUGGUCUUACAUUUUCACCAUCAAUGGCAACACCAUGGCGAUUUGUUAUUGAAAUACCUUAUACAGAUAAAUGUACUAAAACGAUUAAAGAAAAUUUUGAUCAAAUAUUACCUAUACUUUCGAUUAUAUCAUCAAAUAAUAUAGAAGAAGUUACUGAUGCUAAUUAUCAAUUAUAUAUAGGUGAAGAAGAAGAACUUGUUGCAAGAUUUCUUAAAGCUUAUGAAAAUCGAACUAUUGAUCGUGUUUUAAGAGAAAAUUUAAUUUAUGAUGAAGAAUUCUUGUGUUUUGAUCCAUUAACAGAUCAUAAUGAAUGUCGCCAACAUAUAUACAAUUGUAUUGAAAAAUAUGCACCAGAAUUGCCAAGAAAUAAAAUUAUUGAGCUUUCAUUUACAAAAUUUUUAUAUCGUCGUAUUCGAUUUUUUACAGGAUUUUAUUAUUGUUAUAAUAUGACUAUUGAACGUCUUGGUUCAAUUACGAUGAAACAAAUGAUAAAUGAAGCAAAAAAUCUUACUCAAAUAAAUUUUUCUUCAAAUGAAUAUCCACGUAUCUAUCUUGUUUAUGAUCCAGAUUUUUCAUUACAUUUAUUGCAUAAUAAUUGGCAAGAAGUUCCAUCAACAUUAAAAUCUCUUUUCGAUAAUCGAGAUCCGUUGAAAACAGAAGAAUAUAGAAAUAAAAAUUAUUUCAUUAAAUGUUUAUCAUGGUUAAUAGAUAUUCCUUAUGAUACAUUUGAAACAAUAAUGAAUGAAACAAAAUUUAUUUUAACAGAAAAUUUUGCUUAUAAACUUUUUCAUGUUCAUGAAAGAAAACUAACAAGAUUACCUUUAAUUAUUGAAGGUGAAACAGGUGUUGGAAAAACUUUUCUUCUUAAAUUUUAUUCAUUAUUACUUAAUUCCAAUGAAAUUUAUAAUAAAAUUCAUAAUAAUAUUAUACCACGAAUUCAUGAACGUAUAAGUUUAUGGUUAUUGAAAUAUAUUAUCAAAGAUAUUCUAGAAAAUGAACCUAAUUUAUUAAAUCAAUUUCUUCAACGAAUAGAAUCAAAACUAGAUGAUAUCGAGAAUACAAAUGAUAUUGAAGAAGAAAACGAAGAUUUAUUUCAAGAAGAAAAUCAACCUAUAAAUUAUGAACUCUUGUUAGAAAUAAAAGAAUCUUUAAAAAAUUCUAAAUAUAAUAAUAAUAUUCUACGAAUUAUAUGGAAAACAAUUCUUACUGUCUCAAACGAAAAUGAUGAUAAAAUUGUUGAAAAACUUGUUGUUGCAUUGCAUAAAUUUGUAACAUCACAUUUAAUAGAUUUUCCAUUAAUUGAAAUUAGUAUUCAAUUACAAAAGUUAUUAAAUAAAUUAUAUCUACCAACAGUUGAAGAAUCUAUUGAAAUUUUUAAUGAAUUCAUUAACCAUACUUGUUUUAAACCAUUAUUUUAUCGUCUUCUCUUACAUCCUGGUGUAACAGAAAAACAAAUUGAAGAUUUCAUGUUUCCUAUUUCUCAAUUAGCUGAACAAAUACCUAAUAUUGAAUUAGUCAUAUUUUUUGAUGAAGUUAAUACAUCUUCUUGUCUUGGUUUAUUUAAAGAAAUGUUUAUCGAUGUAACAUUACAUGGAAUUAGUGUACCAAAAAAUAUCUUCUUUANNNNAAAACAAAUUGAAGAUUUCAUGUUUCCUAUUUCUCAAUUAGCUGAACAAAUACCUAAUAUUGAAUUAGUCAUAUUUUUUGAUGAAGUUAAUACAUCUUCUUGUCUUGGUUUAUUUAAAGAAAUGUUUAUCGAUGGAACAUUACAUGGAAUUAAUGUACCAAAAAAUAUCUUCUUUACUGCAGCCAUUAAUCCAUUAAUAAAUCUUAAUAAUGAUUUUCAAGUUCAUCGUCGUGAUUAUAUUGUACAUGAAUUACCACAAUCGUUAGAUAAUCUUAAAGUUUCUUAUGGAAUAUUAGAUUCAAAUACAUUAACAGAUUAUAUCAAACAAAAAAUAUCAAGAUUUACUGUUACUUCAACAAGGAAUACUCAAACGCAAAUGCCAUUAGAAUUAUAUGUACAAGAAAUGCUCACUCAAUCUAUUCUUCAAGCACAAGAAUUUUGUGAAAUACAUCUCGGUAUUAUUUUUUUUUUAUUAAAAUUAUUUGAAGAUAAUCGUAACUAA